AUGGUGGACAACCCCUUUUUAUAUCCAUUUGGGCAACUAGUACUUCUCAAUGGAAUUUUUCAUUGGGUAGAAAGUCCCACUUACUACUCUGGAUUGCCAAGAGGAAUAGCUUCUUUUGAUCUUGUAAGCGAGACAUUCAAAGAAAUCCAACUACCACAAGAGUUAUUAGACAGGCGUAAAUUUUCUGUGUUAAAUUUGUGGCUUUUUGAAGGUUGCCUCUACCUGAUUGGUAGCAUGUAUAUGGUUGGUGUUGAGGUGUGGACGAUGAAACAGUAUGGCGUUAAAGAGUCUUGGACUAAAAUGUUGGUAGUUGAUGGCGAUACAUUUGGAGUUGGGUAUAUUGACUUGAAAAACUCUCUCGGGAAUGGUGUGAUUCUGGUUCAGGCAGACCAUCUAUUUCCUUUCCUAUAUGAUCUCAACAAGGAAGAAGCUAGACAACUUAAAAUCGAUGGCAUUAAGCCACCGUUCUUCACAUGGGCUUUCUUAGGGAGCUUAAUAUCACCUACUUUUGGUACUUGUUUGGAGGCACAAUAG